AUGGUGAGUGGCUCCCAUCCCUGUCUCCUUCGCAGUUUCUCCGGUGACGACAUCACUCCAAAUGACCUCCGACUGGGUGCCGUACCCGGUUGGGAGGAAGAUGCGACGGACGGCUUCAAACCGGGCAUCACUUCCCUCCUCAUUACUGGACCCAACAUGGGCGGCAAGUCCACGCUGAUGCGACAGACGGCAUUGCUUGCCAUCCUGGCGCAUUUGGGCUGCCACAUCCCAGCUGUUCGAUUCCGUCUGACACCCAUCGACCGUAUUUUUACGCGCAUCGGAGCCUCAGAUCGCCUCAUCUCCGGCCAGAGCACCUUCUACGUGGAACUAGCGGAGACAGCCAUUAUUGUGCGACAUGCGAGCCCGCACAGCCUGGCGCUCAUUGACGAGUUGGGUAGGGGCACCUCAACACGCGACGGCUCCUCUCUCGCUGCGGCCGUGCUGCGCUAUAUAUCCACUCCGCGCAAUGGCCUG